AUGGGUACCAUCUUCGGGCGGCAGGAACCGAAUCAAGUGUCCCUCAGUGAGCAUCUUGGGAAUGACGGCGGCCCACCUAGGUUUUCAAGCCCAUAUGUUCCCACACGCAACAAGAUGACCAACCCCGAAGAUCUCCCAAUUAUGCUAUACAUCCCCGGGAUUGAUGGCACUGGUCUGGCAGCAUUCCGCCAGUUCCCUUUGCUGGUGGAAGCUUUCGAAUUGCACUCUCUGUCGGUGCCAACGGCUGAUCGAACCGAUUUUGUUGGAAUUGUUGAGAUAAUAGAGGACUAUUUAAAGAUUGAAAUCAAUGAAAGGGCAAAUGGACGGCCAGUGUACCUGCUUGGAGAGUCGUUUGGAGGUGUCCUUGCAUUGGUUGUGGCUGAGCGAUGCAGGGAACUUGUUGACCGUGUGGUUCUGGUCAACCCUGCCACAAGCUAUCGUCAGUCGUACUGGCCGAUUUUGGGACCGAUCAUGCCACAAAUCCCAGAGGAACUGUAUGGUGCUGUUCCAUUUGUGCUGGCACCAGUUUUCGGGAAUCCGUUGGCUUUGCUUGCCCACAAUAUCGACUCCACAGUGCCACCAGAGAGGCAACUCACAAGCUUAGCUAAGGGGAUCGCUGAUCUUUUUGGGACACUCAAUUUCCUUGUUGACGUACUGCCACCGCCGGUUGUGGCAUGGAAGCUGGAGCUUCUGAAGCAAGGCAUGGACGAGGUUGACAAAGUGCUGUCAAAGGUUCAGCAGCGUGUGCUGCUUGUGGCUGGAGAAGGAGAUUGGCUGUUGCCAUCACGCUCUGAGGCUCAAAGGUUGCAGAGACUCCUUCCGCGUUGCUACACGAGGGUGCUUCCUGGUAGGAGUCACGCUGUGCUCCAGGAAGCUGGAGUUGACCUGGUUGAGAUUAUGAAG